UCCCGUACAGUAGACGUAUGCAGUGUUUUUGCGUGGAUUCUGGUGCUAUCGCUUUAAAUUCUGCGCAGCGCGGAGCAGGGGGCAGUGCUUCGGUCAGGGAUGGUUCUUUGCGCCAGGAGCGACCACAGCAGCAGCGGCAGAGGCGGCAGGAGGAGCGGCACAAGAUUGAAUGAAAUGUCUUUACGCGCGGCUGGCCACACGGAGAGACUCGUACCGGGGGCUGUACGGGGGCCGCAGUAGCGCGGGGCGCAGUAUCGUAUCGUGGUCGCGGCCGAGCGCGCGGCUCUGCAGCGGCUCGCGGACGGGACUAGGCCUUGGUGCUGCUCGUACCGCCGCGCGUGCGUUCACGGGCAGUGGGUCAGAUCCGUGGAUGAGAAAGAGCUCGUGCUCAGAUAACGGGGAAGAUGGCAGCUGCCUGCGGGAGGGGGGUGCGGGUCGUGCGGGUUUAGACGGGUUUGGAGCCGCGCUUUGUGGAGCGUCGCGGGAGAUUAGUCCGUCCACGCGGGGAGAAAUAGCGAUGCACGUUGUGCAGGGUGUGUGCGGCGAGAGAGGGGCAGAGGACACGGGGGUUUGUUAACGGUCAGCGCUGGAGACAGACGGACACACGGACACGUGCAGUGCGCUCCAUUUGCAUUCGGCGGAGAGCGCGUGCCUCGGUCUUCGGACAUUGAUGGAAUGCGCCCCGCGUGAGCUGAGAGGCGUUUGUGCACACGGACCACAGCGGGGAACAUGGCUGAGGCGCCCUCCGGCUCCGAGCCGCCCCCGGGGCCGCCGCUGGAGAUAGACCCGGACUUCGAGCCCCAGAAGCGGCCGCGCUCCUGCACCUGGCCGCUGCCCCGUCCCGAGUCCGGAGCGAGCAAACCGGGCACCAAUGACACUGACGUCAUCCCCGAGGAAGAGGACGACGAGGAUGAAGGCUCUGCCCAGAAACCCGCUGCCGACCCCCGCGAGGCGCCCGGCGGCGUGUCCCAACCCGUGGAGGUGCAGCCGCGGGGCGCCCUGAAGGAGGACACCGCCGACGGCUCGCCCUCCUCGGUGCAGUUCUCCGCUUCGGCCCCGGGCUCCGCGUCGCAGCAGCUGAGGAAGUCCUCCGCCCGCAGGAACGCCUGGGGGAACUACUCGUACGCGGACCUCAUCACCCAGGCCAUCGAGAGCUCCCCGGAGAAGCGCCUGACCCUGUCCCAGAUCUACGACUGGAUGGUGCGCUCCGUGCCGUAUUUCAAGGACAAAGGCGACAGCAACAGCUCCGCGGGCUGGAAGAACUCAAUCCGUCACAACUUGUCCCUGCACAGUCGUUUCGUCAAAGUCCAGAACGAGGGCACGGGGAAGAGCUCCUGGUGGAUGGUGAACCCCGAAGGAGGCAAAGGCGGGAAAGCUCCCCGUCGCCGCGCCGUUUCCAUGGACAACAGCAAAUACAUCAAAGGAGCCAGAGGUCGCGCCACCAAGAAGAAGGCGUCUCUCCAAGCCGCUCAAGAUGGAAGUUCAGAAAGCUCCUCCAGUUUGUCGAAAUGGACGGGCAGCCCCACGUCGAGAAGCAGCGACGAACUGGACGCCUGGACUGAUUUUCGCUCAAGAACCAACUCCAACGCGAGCACCCUUAGCGGAAGAUUGUCACCGAUCUUGGCUAAUCUCGAGCUGGAUGAAGUCCCAGAUGACGAUCCCUUAUCUCCAAUGUUAUACUCCAGUCCUAGCAGCAUGUCGCCCUCUACUGGCACAACUGGGCUUUCUGAUCUCGGUACCAUGAACUUGAACGAUGGAUUGUCUGAUAACCUCAUGGACGAUCUUUUGGAUAACAUUAGUUUGACUGCGUCCCAACAGCCGCCACCGGGAGAAGAAGACAGCAGUCCCAAUGGGCAGGUUUUUACUUUUACUUGUGGUAGUCCGUCCGGCAGCUAUGGCCCUGGUAAUUUAUUCAGUCCAACUUCAAUUACCAGUUUGCGUCAGUCUCCAAUGCAAACCAUCCAAGAGAACAAGCAAGCCACGUUUUCCUCUCAUUUCGGCGAAGGCUUGCAGGAGAUGCUGGCAUCGUUGGACUCACCCGGCAACGUCUUGCUGACCCAAUCCGAUCCGCUGAUGUCGCAAGCUAGCAACGCGGUAGCUUUGCAGAAUUCCCGCCGGAACGCCAUGCUGCUUCGUAAGGAUCACUUGAACCACGGGGGCCAAACGCAGAGCUCUUCUGUGCCUGUGGGGUGGCAAGCUGGCUUGUCAACCCACGAAAAUUUGGGAUUACGAGGCGAAACUGACCCAAAACAACGGCUAAAAUCACCUAGCAAAAUGGCCGCCCCUAUGCAGCUAAUCUCCCAGGACAGGUUCGGUGGCGAUUUGGAGCUGGAUGUUUUCAACGAGUGCGAUAUGGACUCGAUCAUUCGGAAUGAGCUCAUGGACGCCGACUGCCUGGACUUGAGCUUUGACUCCGCGCCAAACAGGAAGUCCGGGAGUUUGUCUGGAUCCAAACAAACGUCGCCUCAGAGCUGGGUGCCAAGCUGAAGAAGCAUGUUCAAAAAAUACUAAUAAUAUUUUGAGUGGUGUUCAUGUAAAAUAGGAAAAAGAAAUGGAGACGUUGCUGUGGCCUGGCCUGCCCUCAGUCAGUUCACCUCAAUUCUAAGGAUUUCAGAGUGAUGAUGUAUAGAUAUAGAACAGUUGCCACACCGAUUAACAAUGAAAAACAAUCUGUUAUAGCUUUAAAAUGGGGAAAAGAAGUUCUCAAAAAGUUGCAUAACACGAGGCUGAAAUCAGUGAAAACAGAGAACAGGGGCUGCCAGAGGAAAGUGGCUGUACCUGAUUUUUAGUGUCUUAAAAACAGUUCAGUGUUAUUCCUCUUUUACCUUAUGUAUUCAGAGCAUCUGAAUUAUUCAUCCAACUUUCAGAAGCUAGAGUUGUAAAAUUAACAGCAAGUAGCAUGCUAACCCCCACUUCCUGAAUAUUGGAGAAUAAAACUCUUUAGAUUUAGAGGCUGUACACAGCCUGACCUGUUCUGUACUGGACAAAGUUUGCUCAAAUACAUCUUUAGAAUUGCAAAAAAGUCAAAAUUUUGUGUAUGACAGUUGAAACUAAUGAAUAUAUUUUAAGAAUUAUUACUAGUUAAAGGUGCAUUGUGUACUGAACUGAAAUUCUGCGUAUGACAGUAAUUUGAAUCAAUAUAUUUCAUACUACUAUUAUUUAAUUUAUAAAAUAUAGGACUGUUACCACAGCAACUAGCAAUUUAAAACAAAAAUAUAUAUAUAUAUAUCUUUGGUCAGGCCCUGUU